GACAUUUUACCACUCAUCUGACAGUACAAAUUUCUGUAAAUCUUAUUCCAUACUCUUAUCACAAAAAUUUCAGUUUAAAAAUCAUAAUGAGCAUAACGUUAACACUGCAUUUCAUCAGCACCAUGUGCAGGGAAGUAAUUUCCCAGCACGAUAUCACCCUGAAUUUCCCGACAUUUCCCAUCUAUCACAAGUUAGUGGACGAUAUGUACGAUACGUGGCCAUCGUUUCCCGAGGAAAACCUUUGUAUUUAUUGGCGAUAUUCAGCCGGAAAAUUUCUGGAAAUUGUCGAUUAUUUGUCCUUUUUCACGUUUCUCAAUUUGAUGGUCGAACCAAAAUUGUACGUGGUGGUAAAAGACUGCGAUAAAGUCUAUACCUACAUGCAAGAAUUCUUUGAGAUGCUCGAUUUGAUCGAGCUAAAACAGGAAAAAGAAACACAAAGAAACAAAUAUGACUUGAAAUCAGAAGCUGACGAGAUUCAGGAGAAAAUCGACCAAUGCCAACAGUCUUUGGAGCUUAACUUCAACUUGGAAGAAGUUGACAUUCAGCAUGAUGAUAUUCUUCGCUUCGCCCUGAGAAAGAUGCCUAUCGAACGGUGCUACACCAGAGAUGUGUGUUCUGGCUAUAGCUUACUGGACUGUCUUAGAAAAGCUAUGAAAGGUCGCAUCAUCAAUUGUUCGCCUCAUCAAGACAUUUACUUCGUAGAACCCCAUUCUAAAAAUGAGGGCAACAACCUGGAAAACCUAUUCGUCUCUCCGGCAGGCAGGGAGAUGCUCAAAUACAAGCCCAGCGCCAAGUUGAAACCCAAGAUUAAUCCAAAUCUGGAGUUUUUCACGACGAUUCAGAACGCCAACCGACAAUCAACCAGUCUGGGCAACGACAACAGCAAUAAAUCUGACGAUAAGGCCGCGAUUACGUCAUCGGCUGCGCCCGUCACGUCAUCGCCGGGCCAUCCGUCAACGUCAACGACGAUGACAUCGACGAGUUCGGACAGCAGGAGGAGUAGUAUAGACUUAUACGAGGAAGCGGCCGCCAUAUUGGGACUGAGCUGUGCGCAGACUGACGAUUGUCGAUGUAUAGAAUGUCAGUGUCACUACUUCGACUUCGAGGAGGAAAUUGAUUUUCCCGCCGCCAACGUGGCCAAUGAUUACGGCCCGCUGCUCAACGUCGACCACAGCUCGUCCUGCUCCAUCCAAUAGCCUCCAAGAUUGGAUCGGUGAAAGUGAUAAUGUUUGUUCUAAAAUAUAACUAGACUAACCAUCCUAACGCUACGCUGUACGUUUACUAGCAGAAAUAUUGCAAACACAAAUAAAAACAGCAUACUAAUAAAAAAAAGUGAAACUUCUUACUAACAGUUAAUAGCUGUUGGUAAGAUUAAAGGAUUUAAAGGACAUGUUUCAAAAAGUGACA